UGGCCUGGGCUGGGCUGGGCCGAGUCGCGCUGGGCAGGGGCGGGCGGCUCGGCUGGAGGUGCGGGCUGAGAGCAAAGGUUGGUGUCUUUACGCCCCGACCUCAGCCGGAGGGCCCGCGGCAUCAUGACGGUGGGAGCCAGGCUCCGAAGCAAGGCGGCGGGCAGCCUCCCGCGCUGCGGGCCGCUGGCCCGGGGGCUAGGGCGGACGGAGGGGGACGAGGAGGCGGCCGCUAUCCUGGAGCAUCUGGAGAGCGGGGCGGAGGCGGCGGAGAGCGAGGCGAGCGCCCGGCGCCCGGGGUCCCGGGGCGCGCGCAGGGUGCACCUCGCCGUCCUCCCAGAGCGCUACGAGCCGCUGGAGGAGCAGGUGCCGAGCGAGAAGCCCAAGAAGAGGUACCGGAAGAAGCUGAAGAAGUGUGGCAAGAACGUUGGGAAGUUUAUCACCAAAGGAUGCCGCUACAUCGUGAUUGGCCUGCAGGGAUUUGCCGCUGCCUACUCCGCCCCGUUCGGCGUGGCCACCAGCGUGGUGUCGUUCGUCCGCUAGUGGGAGCUGCCUGGGCGGACCCUGCAAAAAUAAUCGGAAGCCUCUGUUCUGGGAACAGUGCGAACCCAGGAGCAUUUCAGACUUGAACCCACAAAAUACUCAGAAGAGAAAAAACUGUCUUGGUUGAAUCAGAUGAAUGUUAUGGAUGAGUCAUCCCCAUCCACCUGCUGAGCUUCCACAUCUCUCGGACACAGGUGGCCCUGGUGGACAAUCCUGCAGAGAAUUAGGCUGAGGUCAGGUUUGGGAUUAGCAAACCCAGAGCUGCAGGGGGUGGCUGAGAGGCAAAUACUUGGCAAGUGCUCUGGGUGGGCAGCAGAGUGGUGAUUAGGGGUGGGGUGGGGGAUUUUGAUUUGAAGUGAGCCAAUUUGUUCAAUUCUGGAAAGUUCUCAGGCAGACAGAGCUCCCAGCCCCUGGCUGCCUCGGUUCUGAGAGCACCCAAGGAACUGUUUAUUCCUAAAGUCAUUCCCCCCAUCUCCUUUCUGCACUCCUUUGCCACCAGAAGUUUAAUUACAGGCUUGAGAAGAAGGAAGAAAGAAAAAUCUCUUUGAAGGCUCCGAUGCUUUGAAAACCAUGUUGACACUGUGUCAUGACUGUUUCAAGUAGAUGAAGGCUUGUCACUUUCACCUUCUCUGACAUGAAUGUGCAGGUGGUGAUGAGGGAAGGAGGAUCAGCAAGUUCAAGUGCAGGUUGUUUGAGGGAGGGAGGGCUCCUAAGCACUGCCGGGCCCAGUCCAGCCCAUUCUGGCCCGGCCACAUGUGGGGCUGGCCAGACCCGCCUGCAGGCAGAUAGCCAGCUGAGGUCAUGGGCUUCCUGACCCAGCUACAAGGUACUAUCAGCCCCGUCAUCCUUGGCAUCAAACCGACAGCAGGUGCUCUGUCUUGGGAGAGAAACAGCUGGAAAGGAAAGUAUGAUUUAGAAAAGGAACCAGAAAGUAGGAGGAGGUAUGAAGGAAGCAGAAGAAGGAUGCUGGACGAGAGAAGUGGAAGCACUGGGACCAGGUCUGGGUUAUCAGUGUUGGAAAGUCUUAGGCUCUGGAUGUGGGCGAGGGGAGGCUAGGUGGUCAGAGGUACCAUGCUGAUGCUUCCAGACCCUCUGAGGCCCGUGAGCUCACAUUGGCUGCCCUUGGAGUAGCCUUUCCUCUCCUGUGUUGCCCAAUUUGACAUCAUCUCAGCUGGAUUCAAAAAGCUGGGGUGGGUGAGAGUCCUCGACCUGGAGGAUGAUCUGUGGACUGCUACUGAGUCAUCGGAUAGGGAGGUGCCCACUGCCAACCCCCACCACAGGCCCCUGUUUGGACCUGGUUUCCAGAAUAAUAAUUUCCAGUUUGAAAUAGUUAUUACGAACCAGUCUGCAGGCUUGGUGACAACACCUACUUGUUGCCCCGUGAAGUUUUCCCGGGGAAUGAAGGCUCAGUGUCCACGCUUCACCCGUCAAACCCAGCCAGGUGGCACCAGGAAGUGGAGGAGGUUGGAAGACAGACAGACAGAUGGACAGAAAGGAAUGAGUGGAGGGGAGAGCGUUGUAGCUGUGAAGCUAGAUUCUGCUUCACGUCCUGGAGGCUCAUCAUUGAAGAUGAGCUGGGAGCUAACUCCUGCAUCAUUCAUAUUUGUGCAGAGAAGAGACUAGAAAUGGCUCUGUGUAAGCGCCAAUGGCACAUUUUCACACACGUAAGAUAAUUAUAGCAUGCCUGGCCACACUGGGAGUCAUGGAGAAGGAGACAUCAGUGGAAAGAAAAGCACAGCUUCGUUUAGUGGGAAAGAGAGUCAGGACUGCUGAUCACAGGAAAGGCAGAUGGCGGGAAGGAGCCUGUGUGGGUUGGGAGCACGCCUUCCUGGUGGCCCAGCGCUGCUGACUUGUCCCAGAGAACCCUGUUGAGUUUCUCGGGGGACCUCGAGUGUGACCUGGGAGGGACAAGAGUGGCCAAGGCCCAUCCAAGAGCGAACCUCCCACCCCAGCCCCAAGUUAGAGACACAGUAAGGCCAAAUACAUUUGGCCCCGACGUUUUGGAAUUCUGGUUAAGAAUUAACCCAGAAAUUUCAAAAGUCGAAACUUCCCAGGGCCAUCCCUGUGAAGGUCUGUGCACAGAAGAUGAACCACUCUCAACAGUCACUCAGCUGAGUUGUCAUUUCCUCCGAGACAGGAUACCCAUGCUGCAGCGUACCUUUCUGCCUUUUCUUUCGCUUCAGCUUUUUGUUUUUUAAUGUCAGCAUCCACAUUCUACUGAAAAUUGAAUUUUAGAGCUUUCUCUUUACAUAAUUGACCAAGAGGCUUCUUUUGUAUGCUUUUCUCGUCAUAGUCUGUAAAUAAAAGACCUGAUUUGUCUAA